UUUUUUUUUGUACAAGUCUUUCAAUUUCAAAAUAAAACCCUAGAAUAAAAACACUCUCUCGCACACACUGAUCGCUCUUUCACUCGCUCCGUCCUUCAAUCAAUCAUGGGUUCCGACGCAGAUAUGGAAGAUUAUGGAUUUGAGUAUUCUGAGGAAGAACCUGAAGAGCAAGAUGUUGAUAUUGAAAAUCAGUAUUAUAAUUCUAAAGGUUUGGUCGAGACUGAUCCAGAGGGAGCACUUACUGGUUUUGCUGAAGUAGUUCAAAUGGAACCAGAGAAAGCAGAAUGGGGAUUUAAAGCUCUUAAACAGACGGUGAAGCUUUACUACCGUCUAGGGAGGUACAAAGAGAUGACGGAUGCUUAUAGGGAAAUGUUAACAUACAUCAAGUCUGCAGUGACUCGAAAUUAUAGUGAAAAGUGUAUAAACAAUAUCAUGGAUUUUGUGUCGGGAUCUGCUAGUCAAAACUUCAGUCUUCUACAGGACUUCUAUGAAACCACCUUGAAAGCACUUGAAGAAGCAAAAAAUGAGAGAUUGUGGUUCAAGACAAAUCUUAAGCUUUGCAAGAUCUGGUUUGACAUGGGCGAGUAUGGAAGAAUGAAUAAGAUUUUGAAGGAACUUCACAAAUCUUGUCAAAAAGCUGACGGAACUGACGAUCAAAAGAAAGGUACUCAGCUAUUGGAAGUGUACGCAAUUGAAAUUCAGAUGUACACAGAGACAAAGAACAACAAAAAACUUAAGCAACUGUACCAAAAAGCACUUACUAUAAAAUCAGCAAUUCCUCACCCAAGGAUCAUGGGUAUAAUACAUGAGUGUGGUGGAAAAAUGCAUAUGGCAGAGCGUCAAUGGGCAGAAGCAGCUACCGACUUCUUUGAAGCUUUUAAAAAUUAUGAUGAAGCUGGAAACCAACGAAGAAUCCAGUGCCUCAAAUACUUGGUACUUGCCAACAUGCUUAUGCAAUCUGAGGUCAACCCUUUUGAUGGGCAAGAGGCAAAACCAUACAAAAAUGAUCCAGAAAUCUUGGCAAUGACAAACUUGAUUGCAGCAUAUCAACGCAAUGACAUCUUGGAAUUUGAAAAGAUCCUCAAGAGUAACAGAAGAACCAUCAUGGAUGAUCCCUUCAUCAGAAAUUAUAUUGAAGAUCUUCUGAAAAACAUCAGAACUCAAGUGUUGCUUAAGCUGAUCAAGCCAUACACGAGAAUCAGGAUCCCUUUCAUAUCAAAGGAGCUUAAUGUGCCAGAGGCUGAUGUGGAACAGCUGUUAGUGUCGUUGAUAUUGGACAAUCGAGUUCAAGGUCAUAUCGAUCAAGUUAACAGGCUAUUGGAGUGUGGUGACAGGUCAAAAGGAACGAAGAAAUACACUGCUGUGGAGAAAUGGAACACACAACUUAGGUCACUCUAUCAAAGUAUUAGCAACAGAGUUGGUUGAGAAGCCUGAAUAUAACUUCGGAGGAGAUUUUGUUAUUUCCCUUUGGCAUAUUUUGUUCAUCAUGUCAAAAUUGGUAAAGCUGAUAUCUGAACAUACCAGAAUUGAUGGGGGUAUUAUGGGGAACAUUGGUUGGAUUUGUCUAAAUGGUUUUGCAAUGUCGGUAUGUUUAUAUGGCGAAAAUGCUAAUGAGAAUUCCUCAGCUUAGAAUGUUAUUCUCAUUUGCCUGUGUGCGUUGUGCCUAGUAAAUUGAACUCUGGGUGUAUGACACCAAUGAAAUCAUAGAGUAAUGGUAUAUCUUCUUCUACUUCA